GCUGGCAUCCUUCCGACAAACUACUUUUCUUACCAGCGACGCAAUGGCGGCACCAAAAUAUCUAACCGGAGACGCGGCCGGAAUCAAGGAAUUCAUCGAUAGAUUUGAUGUUUUCCUCUUUGACUGCGAUGGCGUCCUAUGGUCUGGCGACACUGUCUUUCCAGGAACCGCUGAAACAAUCAAAUUCCUUCGCGACAGCGGAAAGCAACUCGUCUUUGUGACAAACAACAGCACGAAAUCACGUCAAGAUUACAAGAAGAAAUUCGACGCAAAUGGGAUAUCGGCGCAAGUUGAUGAAAUCUUCGGCUCAUCCUAUUCCGCGGCCAUAUACAUCUCUCGCAUACUGAAGCUUCCAGCUCCAAAGAAUAAGGUCUUUGUACUUGGCGAGACUGGCAUCGAGCAAGAACUUGAAUCGGAGAAUGUGCCUUACAUUGGUGGCACUGACCCCAGCCUCCGUCGCGACAUCGAACCCGCUGAUUUUGCAGCUAUUGCCGACGGCAGUGCAUUGGACCCAGACGUUGGAUGCGUGCUGAUUGGUCUAGACUUCCAUAUCAAUUACUUGAAAAUGAGCCUUGCCUUGGCAUAUCUUCGACGCGGCGCUGUGUUUUUGGCGACAAACAUUGAUAGCACUCUUCCGAUGGCUCAUGCCUUCUUCCCUGGCGCCGGUUCAACAGGUGCGGGUGUUGUCAAAGCGUACGGGAAGGAUCCACUGGCCCUCGGGAAGCCCAGCCAAGCUAUGAUGGACGCAAUCGAGGGGAAGUUCAAACUUGAUAGGUCUAGAACAUGCAUGAUCGGCGACAGGCUGAAUACGGACAUUCAGUUUGGGAUUGAUGGUGGUCUGGGUGGCACUUUGAUGGUGCUCACGGGAGUCAGCUCAAAGGAGGAGAUCCUGGCCACGGACGCACCCACGGUUCCCUCUGCUUACGUCGAUAAGCUGGGAGAUUUGAUUGGAAAGUAAGGAGAAGCGUGUCCCGCAUCUAGUUUCUCGAAUUGUCUGAAGAUAGAUCCACUUUUAGAGCUUAGACAUAUAUUUCAUGAAUGGAGGUGUUACUUAUGCUAA